AUGAACAUUAUAAAUAAAAUAUUGAAGGUACAUAAUAAUGUAUUUCACUCGGAUAGGAAAGGAAUGGAUUUUUUUUUUUUAAGGAUUUGUAAAAGAUACGAAUCAAGAGUUAAGGCUCAUAGGUAUACAGGAAUUACAGCUGUAAAAACACAUGCUCAGAAAACAGAAUGGUAUUUAAAGGCUGAAAGAGAUUUUUUAUCCGAACGAAAUAAGAUACCUAAUGGAUAUAUAGGUUUAUGGCAAUAUGAUGAUAUAAAACAUUUAAAUCCGAAUAUUAUAAAUAUGUUACAUUUAAAUUGUGGGAAUAAUAAGCAGAUACAUAAAUAUAAAAAAUUAAAUAUUAGAAGAUUAUUACAAAGGAGGCCUUUCGACGUAGGUAGUGCACCAGUUCAAAUAGGUUGUUUAACGGAGAAAAUUUUGAAUUUAAGAGCUCAUAUAAUUCAACGUUGUAAGGAUCAUUCAAAAAAAAGAACAAUGUCUAUUUUAUUAGCUCGGAGACAAAAACUUAUGAAAUAUUUAUACAAAACAGAUUUUGAAUUAUAUAAACAUACAUGUGAUUUGUUAAAAAUUAAGUGUAUUUUAUUUGCUAUACCUGAUUCAAGAGAUCGAUCCAAGGCAAUUAAUUCAGCAGCAAUUGAUUCUGAUAGAUGCAAAUUUCUAAUUCGACAAAAAUUAUGGAAAGGAAAAUAUAGACCAAGACCAAUCAAAAAUUCAAAAGGACAGACAGUUAGAUAUACUAGACAUCCAAUUGAACAACCACCAUCUGAUUAUGGAUUACCUAAAGAAUAUAAACCACAACUAUCAAAUUCUUGGCCUUAUGGAGUAAAAGAAAAUUAUGAAAAAGCAAAUUAUACAAUACCAAAUCCUACAGCUCCGGGUAUUGGAUACUGUCCAGUUCCUAUGUUAUUUUAA